AGAUGUUCUUUGAACGCGUGACUACAUGAAAGAAAAACUAACUAAACAGCACCAUCACUACUUUCUCGGGCUAGAUCACUGUGAUCUAUUUGAAAUUCUCUCGGAUUUAUCUAAUUCACACAAUAGACACAAGAUGAGCUCUCCAAAGAAAGCCACUACGGAACCCCAUGUAAUCAAAGAGGAGCUGAUAGCGAGUGGAAACUGGGUGAAGCUUGAGAAGACCACAUAUGUGGAUCCCUCUGGAAGCACCAGAACAUGGGAAACCGCAAAGAGAACAACCCGAGUAGCCAACAGUACAGCUGAUGGUGUGGGAAUCAUAGCCCUUCUGAAGCGGACCCUACAUAAAGACUGUGUCGUCAUGGUGAAGCAGUUUCGUCCUCCCUUGGGAUGCAACGUACUGGAGUUUCCUGCAGGUCUGAUUGAUGACAAUGAGAGUGCUGAAGCGGCUGCUUUGAGAGAACUGAAGGAGGAAACGGGUUACAAAGGGGAGGUCGUGGGCAUCACCCCAGUCACAUGUUUAGACCCAGGCUUGUCUAAUUGCACCACACAGAUCGUGAUGGUACAUAUUAAUGGAGAUGACAGUGAAAAUAUAAACCCCACUCAGCAGCUGGGUGAUGGAGAAUUUGUGGAGGUUGUUCUUCUACCUUUGGAUGAAUUCCAGCUUAAAAUCGAUGCGUUACUGCAUAAAGAGAAAAUCAUUGUGGACUCCAAGGUGUAUAUCUAUGCUAUGGGAAUGUCCCAGGCCUUCUUUAAACCCAGAGAGUUGCCUGUGCUGAAGCAGUGAGAUUCUCCUCUGGAAUUCACUAUCAGGCCGACAGCAGUCAAAGCUUGUGUGCUGAUCCUCAGUGAUGAAAUCAACGAGUAUUUGACCCCAGGACCUUAGAUUUUCACCACGGUUGCCUGAUAAACAUUCCUAAUAAACUAACAGUACUUAAUUAUUAAGUGUUUGCACUGUUUUACAAUUCAAGAUUAAAUAGAUGAUUAAAUAGGAUUUGUCCAAAUUUAACUAAAAGUUCUAACAGCUAGAACUGUGAAUUUGUAGGAAAUGUACUUGGUAUUGUAAUCAAAUCUUAGCAUAAAACUGACAUAAGUUUUUUUCAUAUACGUUCAGUAGCUGAUGUUAUAUAUUGUGUAUUCAAUUGUCUAAAAGGCCUGCAUUGAUUGUAAAUUGUUCUAAAACGUUACAGUUUUUUCUGGAAGAUGCAUAUGCAAACCUGUGUACACAAAUAACUAUUAAUUUUUAUCUAAUAAAUUUGACGGUUUAGAUUUUGCA